UGUAACUCAAGUCUGCCCGACCUUAGACUCCUAUGAUCCAUCGACAAUCAGUACCGAGUAUGAUCACUACAAUUUCUCACAGGCCUCACGUAUGAAGACCAGUUCUCUGUUCCUAGAUUCAGAUAAGAGUACAUGUAAGGAUGAAGAUUCCUUUGACAUAGACACUAAUUCGUUAGAAAGAUAAACCACUCUCUCCUUAAGUGUAGAGAUCGAUUCCUUGCAUUUACGGAUCUCCUCACGCAGACCUGAAUUUUCCUGCUUGAUGUUCAGGUUGUCUGAGAAUAGGCGAGAAUUCAACUCCUUAAGUUCCACCAAAGAACAGGACUUCGCUGGAUGCUGCUGCUCUCCAACUAGAUGUGCCUUUGGAUCUUCCGACUUCGAUUCGAUGGGUACUUCAUCUGGUACCAAAUUCAUGUCAGGCAUCUGUCCACGUAUAAAGUUACUCUCAGCUUGCUCAUUUACUUCGAUAGAAGAAUCUCCGACUAGAUGCGCCCUUGGAUCUUCCGACUUCGAUUCGAUGGGUACUCCAUCUGGUAUCAAAUUCAUAUCAGGUUGGUGGAAACUUCAUGAUCAGCGACAAGAUUCUCAGCAGCUGGUGGCUCAUUCAGUGUAUUGUCAUCCCAGAACGCUGGAAGCUCAAUCAAGGGAUCGACUUUACUAGCAGAAACUUCAAAUCUACUAGUCAUGGAGAGAUCUAGACUAUUGAGUUUGUUGGUGACAUUCGUGCUAAGACCAGAUGAGCAAAUCGAACUGCAAGUUGAUGCUACAGUGUUACUCUCAGUUCUAAGGUCCCUAGUUGUAGUGCCACCACCAGAUGGGAUCCAUUGGUUGAGUCCAUUACUUGUAGGAAUGGUUGGAGAAGCAGUCAGUAAGUUUAUUGAUCUCGGUGAAAGUGCAACUCCUGCCGCCUCAGAUGAAUCAUUGAUGAAAUACAUGAUGGCUCCAGGUUUGACCCUUCCCGGAUACUGUAGUUCAUGUCGCUCAAAAGAUACAUCUCCCUCAGUGGUUGGGACAUUUUCUUUGCAAUAAUUAUUAUCUGAUGUACAUGGAGUGAUAUCCUUUUCAAGUAAGGAACAUCGUUCGUCAUGUAUACGUCCCUGUUUCAAACUCUUCUGUCUAAUCUCCUCAAUAUCAAUAAGAACGAAAUUGAGAUCUCUUAGAAAGGGCUUUCCAUCAUCAUGACUAUCAGCAAUAUGUACAAUAGUACUUUC